AUGUCUAUUAGUGCACAAAGUGAAGCCAUCAAACAUAUCAUCCCAACUGAGCCUCCUCUACUUCCGUAUUGACAAAACAAUGAAUGUACUACUACAUCUAAUUUCCAGGUCAAUAAUGAAAGCAUUUGGUCUGAUGACGUGAUCUGUGUGAUUAGAGUGAUUAGUUAAAAUCAUAGGUUUAAGCCAGUUCUUAUCUUAUAAAUUCACAAAUAGAAUAGAUCUCGAUUCAUGAAUAACUCUCAACGAUGCUAGGAGACAGGUUCAAAUCUAAAUCCUACAGCAGUGGGAAGUGAAAGUAGAAUGACAGCCCAUGGUUUAGCUCCAUGUCACACUGAUGUACAAUACCAGCAUACACGAUACAGUCGAGGACGAAUAUAUAUCGAUACAAAGUAACGUCCACAAUGAACGGCACAUCCAAACUAAUACAAGGACUGUUGAGCUCAUUAUCUUUGAGUCUGUGGUCAGCGGAAUGACUGGCCUGUUCAAUAUCAUAGCCCUGUUCUGCAUCGUCACUAUACCAGACCUGAGGAUUGAGAAACCCAACCUAUUCAUCGCUUCCCUAAUCCUGGCCAACGUCCUAACUGGUUUGAAUCUUGCUGUCCUAUAUGCCCCCUUCGACCCAGCUCACUCUAUAGAUAAACGUUGUCGAUACGUGACUGCUCUAACCGUAUUCACAAUUGCUGCUUCGUGUCUCAGUCGGAGCACGAUAGCCAUUGACAGAUACAACUACAUCUGCCACCCAUUACACUACCAGAGCAAAACGAGCGGCAUUUACAUAGCGACAAUGUUGCUCAUCCUAUGGGGCACCUCAUUGGCGCUAGCCAUGGCAUCCUACUUCUAUUAUCAGACAGAUCUACAGAGAGAUCAUGACGACAUCUGUUUGCCCUUCACCAGGUGUCUGUACAAUAUGUCGACUUUGUUAGUUCUCAUCGUGGUCUCCUCUCUUAUCAUCACGUACGUCUACAGCAAGAUCUUCUACUGGGCCCAUCUCCAAAUACAGCUACUUAAACAGGAAACAAUAAUGAGGGCACAACGGCGCAGUUCAUCCCUUCAAGGCUACUUCAAAAGCGCCUGGAAACUUCGGCGUAUUACAAGAGCGACAGAUUUGUUAAUCUCACCAAAUAUUGGAACAGACUCUGAAAGCAGCUUCACCUUAGAGCUAGAAACGGAUGCCAUCACUGAGGUGGAAACGAAAAAGUUAAAACACUUCACGGCGCCUUCUGCGGAACGCGAGGUCAAGAUGUUCCGAAACAUUCCCAACCGCCUGAUGUCGUCGAUAAAUUCCAGGGGGACCAGCGUGGACGAAUCCAGUCGAUCCUCUUCCAUCGUAUCCAAGGAGACUGACGAUCUAAAGAUGAAUGCGAUGAAAGUUCCGUCGUCUUCGCCGGUAGAAGGAAAUGUGAUGGAGCCAGACAUGCAAAAGGAGGCACAAGAGCAUAAGAUGCUUGUCAAGGCCUUGGAACAUCGCCAGGUGUCAUCAUCGCAGGACUCCAGUGUCAGCAUAACCGAAAAGUGGUACCAGCAUGAGCUGAAACGUUACACAGGCCAAAUUUACAACUCCCUUUUCCUGUCUGCGUCCGAUAGGCGGUUCUCUCAACAGAGCACCUUGAUGAUCAACAUGUUGAAAAGGACAGAGGUGAAGGCGCUGAUCGUAGUUUUCAUCACCUUCGGAGCCCACCUUGUAUGUUGGCUGCCUUACAUUCUAUACUCUCUCACGGCAAUGCGGCUCAAGUUUCCCUUCACAAAGGAACAAGAAUUGCCAUAUCGUGAGAUCCUCGAUAAGACUUUCCGCAGAGAACACUACCAGGCAAAAGAAGAGAGGCAGACAAAAGAAGCAUCAAGGAAUGAAGUUAAUUUUACUGAUAGGUUUCUCCUGCUCUGUCUUGGAUCCUCUAAUCUAUUGUUUAUUGAAUCAACCAUUUCGUAAAACUGUUGUGACUUACUUCCGGAACUGUUGGCGGUCAAUGGAAAUGUAGCCUCUGCACCAAACGACUACAAUAUCUCGAACGGAAGCGAGAUGCCCACAUCCUAGUGGGUGUGACAAUUUCAUAUAUGACAGCAUAAAGCAGAGUGACGGCUCCUUGCUGCUGUUUAGUGGACUUGACCUUUAAACUUCUGCUGAACAGAAGUAGUUCACUUCUGCUUCCAUUUUACUCUUCAAAAAACUAAUGAGUACUUGACGUAUGCAACAAGACGUGAUUUUUUCCUACAGGCAAGUCGGUAAAUAGUUACGGGCUGCUCCAUUGGAAUACAAUAGACAGGUCUUGUAGAGACUCGACAGAAGUGGUUCUAUGUCUUUUGUGAGUUCCUACCAGUCCUUCUGCUCAGGUUCAAUAAUCGACUUUCUUGUUUAUUAAUAUUGUAAAUAAUUUGUUAUAUAUUUAAGUUCUUAAUAUCUCCUCCUUACGAUAUAAAUCUAUUAUAUUUAUAAAAGACAUGUACAUUCUUAUACAAUUUCUUUUUUAUUCUUUUUUUUAUUAAACUAAAAAUGUACCAAA